UCAGUCAGUCAGUCAGUCAGUCACGCAGAUAGACAGACAGGAAAACGCACAGAGAGGCUGAAGCCAAUCAGCGGCAGGUGGUCAGAGCGCGUCCCGCACUUCUAUCCCAAUUUCUAACACGGAUUACUGACAUGUUCUCACCAUAGAACCAGCAGAUCAACUGGCUGGAGUAGAAUGGAUGGAGAUUAACUUCUUCAAAAAUAUUUAGUUUCUUUUUUUUUUUUUUGACAGUCGAAGGACGCGUAAAGUGAAGUUACUGCUUUUUUAGCGUCUCUACGCGCGUGCGGUCUGCGUAAAGGUCCAGCAGCCACCUAUUAUUUUACUUUUAUUAUUUUAUCUUUUUUAUUUGAUUCUAAACGCGUCACACCAGUUAUGGCACUCGCAAGAUUUAGUAAAAUUCUCCGACUGCCAACCAUUGAGCUGAAAAAGAAACUCAAACAGUAUGAGCACGUCAGCCGGGACAUCAACCCUAAUGACAUCUGGGAGAUAGUAGGGGAGCUGGGGGACGGUGCGUUUGGGAAGGUCUACAAGGCCAGCAACAAGGAAACUGGUAUUCUGGCUGCAGCCAAAGUGAUUGAGACCAAAUGUGAGGAAGAGCUGGAGGACUACAUGGUUGAGAUUGACAUCCUGGCUAAAUGUGACCACCCCUACAUCGUCAAGCUUCUCGAUGCAUUUUAUUAUGAAAACAAACUCUGGAUCAUGAUUGAAUUCUGCGCUGGAGGUGCAGUAGAUGCCAACAUGCUAGAGUUGGAUCGUGGACUAACUGAGCCACAGAUCAGGGUGGUCUGUAGACAGAUGCUGGAGGCUCUUGACUACCUCCACCGUAUGAAGAUCAUCCAUAGAGACCUGAAGGCCGGCAAUGUCCUCCUUACAAUCGAUGGGAACAUAAAACUAGCGGAUUUUGGUGUGUCUGCAAAAAACACCAAAACCUUACAGAGAAGGGAUUCUUUCAUUGGGACGCCAUACUGGAUGGCCCCAGAGGUGGUCAUGUGUGAGACGAUGAAGGAUGCUCCGUACGACUACAAGGCUGACAUCUGGUCUCUUGGCAUCACCCUGAUAGAGCUUGCACAAAUCGAACCCCCUCACCAUGAGCUCAAUCCGAUGAGGGUGCUGCUGAAGGUUGCCAAAUCAGAGCCUCCAACCCUGGAUUACCCUUACAAAUGGUCGAAGGAUUUUAAUGACUUCUUGAAGAAGGCUUUGGAUAAAAACCCAGAGACUCGCCCCAGUGCAGCCCAACUCUUAGAGCACCCGUUUGUGAGGACGGCGACCUCCAACCGCCCGUUGAUGGAGCUGGUUGCCGAGGCCAACGCCGAGGUCAUGGAGGAAAUCGAAGACAAUAGAGAGGAAGGAGAGGACGACGACACAAUGGAUCUCAUUGAGUCACCAAACAAGGAGCCAUGUCAGACAAGUCAGACGAGUUUGGAUGAAGACCAGUCCGAGUACACUCCAAGCCCCACUACACCCACCACGCCCUCACCAGUACCUUUACCGAGGAGAUUGCAUCGGCCUGAUUCACAAGCGGAGGAGCCCGCAGUCUCUGAGAUCCCUGUCCCCCCGCCAAGGCUCAAUCUCCCUCAAAAAGAUCCAGAGGAGAUGCAGGACAAACAGCCUGAUGAGCUGCUUGACUCUGAUAAAUCUGAGGGAGAGGGCUCAACUAAAACCACUGGCUCAGACUCGGGUGUUGAGGAUGGGAAGAGUACCCCAACAAUGGAGGACGAAAAGGUGGCUUCAGAGAGACCAGAGAAUGAACAGUUAUCCAGACCUGAGACGGCUUCAGAAAAACUUGACAAUAUGAUAAAUAAGGACAUUCCUAGAGUACAACUGUCUGAGCCAGAGUCCCCUUUUGUUGGAAACAGAGACUCACCAACUCCAAGCUUGAGUUCCAGCGUCACACCUGGAUCCACUCCCACCCCAUCUGUUGCUGCUACCCCGGUACCAUCCAACGGAUUGAACGAUUCUCUUAGCAAAGGUACGGCCAAUCGGCUGUCUAUAGGAGGGAACGCUGAGCCAGCCUCGCCUCAGGCCAAUGGACGACUAAACAACAAACGGUUCUCGUAUACGGGGAGCAUGGCUUCGGAGAACAUGUCAAUUAGCAAGGAUGACUUUGCAAUAUCUCCAAGGAACUUUUCCAGCAAGACCCUAAAGCGAACUAGGAAGUUUGUCGUUGAUGGUGUUGAGGUGAGCGUGACGACCUCAAAGAUCAUCAGGGAUGAUGAGAAAAAGGAUGAGGAGAUGAGAUUCCUGAGGCGUCAGGAGCUGCGUGAACUCCGUUUGCUACAGAAGGAAGAACAACGUGCUCUGGCUGGUCUGAACACCAAACUGGAAUCCCAGAGGGAACAAAUACAGAAGCGCUUUGAUCAGGAAAUAAAUGCCAAGAAGAAACAGUUUGAUACAGAUCUGGAGAAUCUGGAGAAGCAUCAGAAACACACCAUUGAGAAGAUGGAAUCAGAACACAGUAUUAAACUCAAGGAAGAAACCAAACGCAUCAAAGUGGAGCAGGAGCGGGAAUACCACAAAUUCCUGGAGCAGUUAAAACAUAAAAAGAAGGAGGUUAAACAUUCGGUUGAUAAGAUGCCUAGGAGCGAACGUAAAGACACCUUAAAACAACGUAUGAGCUUCUUCCAGCAGAAUAAGCUGAAACAGGAGGAGAAUUUUUUGAUAGAGCAGAGACAGUUUCUGGAUACAACCCUGAAGACGAUCAUCACCAACAACAAGCGGGAGAUCGCAGAAACAGAGAGAGAAUGUCUCAAAAAGAAACAGGAACUUAUUAGAGAUCGAGAGGCCACAUUAUGGGACAUGGAGGAGAAGAACCUUUUAGACAAACACCAGCUUUUGAAGCAGCAGAUGAAAGACCAGUACUUUCUUCAGAGGCAUCUACUCUUGAAGAAACAUGAGAAGGAGCAAGAACAAAUGCAGUGCUACAACCAACGCAUGAUUGAGAUCAUGAAGAGCAGGCAACAACAGGAGAAGAGUCGGCUGCCAAAAAUCCAGCGAAAUGAGGCCAAGACGCGUAUGGCGAUGUUCAAGAAAAGCCUCGGCAUCAAUUCAACUGGCAAUGCUGCAGAGGACAGAGAAAAGAUCAAGCAGUUUUCUAAGCAGGAGGAGAAGCGGCAGAAGGCCGAGAGGCAGCAUCAGCAGCAGAAACACGAGAACCAGCUGAGGGAGAUGAUGGGUCAGUGUGACAGCAACAUCAGGGAGCUGCAGCAGCUGCAGAAUGAGAAGUGCCAUCUUCUGGUAGAGAAUGAGACUCAGAGGCUGAAGCAUCUGGAUGAGCUUCAUGUCCAGCAGAUGAAGGAGUGGAGGGAGGAACUGAAGCUCAGAAAGAAGGUCAUUGAGGACGAACUGAGCGCAAGGAAGAGGGAGCAGGAAGCAUUCUUCAAGAUGAAAGAGAGCAUAGACUAUUCAAACCUGAGCUCGCCCAACAAACACUCCAAAUUUGUGCCUUACGUGGACUCCUCUACAUCAUAAUCAGAGAUGUACGUGUUGCAUCUUCCUACUUGCAACAGACAGACACCUGCUGCCUCAGUUUCGAUUUGCUUUAUUUACAAAAACAAAAUAUUAUUUUCUUAUUUGCUGUAGUGAAUAUUUAUGUUUUAACCCAAGUUUUAUUUU